UUCGCGCCGAAACGUUCGGCGCCAGCUCAGUCGCUCGCGUGGUGGUUUGCCGUGCUGUCGCUUACCGCGGGAACUGGGUUGCGUCGCGUAAGCAGCUGCUCGAGGUGUUCCGAUGACGACCGGCUGCGGCGCAACGCGGCUUUCACCGGGCCCGACCCGCGGCUGGGUGUGACGUCAGCGAGAAAGCACGUGACUCCUAGAGCGCGGUGGCCAUCUUGGGGUUCUGAGCCAAGGGUCCAGGAUACUGGUGGUGUUUGUAGUUCAUUUUUUUAUUUAUCGAAUUUUUUUUCGCUUCUGCGUGGUUCUAUGUGCGCGUGUGUGAGUGUGUGAUCACUCCUUCCGGUUUCGUGGGAGGCUACGAUGAAACUGACAAUGGAGAGUGAUAAACUCCGGCGUCUGUGUCUUGUGUGCCCUGUGGGAUACCUGCUUUGGCUGGCUGGACUUCCGUUGACCAUUUCGGCGGAGUCCUGCCCACCACCUGCCGUGCCCUUGUACGCAACAGUUAGUUUCACAAACGGUGAGCUCUCGUCGGGCACAGUGGCCACCUACACGUGCGAUCCAGGAUAUGAACUAUUCGGCUCAGCUACCAGGUCGUGCUCAGACAAAGGACGAUGGGUCGGUGGCCUUCCAUACUGCGCGGUGAACGUGGCGUACGGCAAACCCACAAACCAGUCCAGCACCGUGAGGGGCGGCGACUCGAAGAACGCCAACGACGGAGACCUGACGACGCUGCACGAAAAUCGCUUCUGCACCGAGACGAAGCUAGAGAACGCGCCCUGGUGGCAGGUGGACCUACUCAGGCCGUACCAGGUCCGGGUGGUCCGAGUUCUCACUAGGGGAUGUUGCGGCCACCAGCCGCUGCAUGACUUGGAGAUUCGAGUGAGUAACCAGUCGAGCUUGCAAGGGAGCCGCCUUUGCGCUUGGUAUCCAGGAACAUUGGAGGAUGGAUCGACCAAGGACUUCGAGUGCGCCUACCCAAUCCUGGGCCGCUACGUUUACAUUCACAUGGUUGGGGGCGAAGGAUCACUGUCCCUCUGUGAAGUCAUGGUUUUCACGACGCAAGAGUUCUCUCCAGAUCGGUGCGGAAACCAGGUGGAACCCCUGGAGCUGACCACUUUUAUCCGCAAAUGUUACGAGUUUCAGGGAAGUCGCGGAGGUUCCUUCCAGGACGCUGCUUCUUACUGCCAGGCACGCGGUGGCCUGUUGAUCCACAGUGUGGACGACCUGACGCUUCCUUUCAUCUCGGCUGAACUAGAGCGACGUCGGGAAAAAUUGAAAUCCAAGCUGGUCUGGAUGGGUGCACAGCGACGCACAGGCAUUGGACCCGGCAAGAGAGGCUGGUUCUGGGUCAGCGGUGAACCGGUGCGAGAAUUCCUUUGGGCUGAUGACCAGCCCAACAACUACAACGGUCAGCAGAACUGUGUCGUCAUUGAUGGUGGCCGCAAGUGGCGAUGGAAUGAUGUGACCUGCGAUUUGGACUACCUGCCGUGGAUCUGUCAGUACAACCCAUCGAACUGCGGAAGCCCCGACCGGGAAGAAAACUCCACCACAACGGGACGAGACUUCCGUGUUGGACAGGAAGUGGCGUACGAGUGUCCCACCGGGAGCCUGCUAGUCGGUAGUGCAUCCCGGAAGUGCGCCACGUCCGGUUUUUGGACGGGCGUUGCUCCAUCAUGCAAGUACUUGGACUGUGGCGCUCCGGAUCCUGUGGACAACGGUCGCAUCGUGCUGCUGCAUGGCCGGACGACGUACAACGCCACUGUAGAGUACGUGUGCGACACGAACUACACUCUGGUGGGCCAGCCGCGGAGGCUAUGUGGACCCGAGGGCAGGUGGAACGGAACGAAGCCCUCCUGCCUACAGAGCUACUGCACGAUGCUGUCUCCGGUGCCGAGCUCUAGCUUGGACGUGCAGGGGCGCCGCUAUGGCGACAGGGCGCACUACAAGUGUGACAUUGGCCACAAGCUCAUCGGCAACGAUACCCGCUACUGUCAGCUCGGAGGAACGUGGAGCGGGGAUGACCCCACCUGCAAGUAUAUCGACUGUGGCGAGCCCCGGCCGCUGGAAGACGGUGACGUGUACCUAGUCAACGGCACCUCGACUUAUCUGAGCGUGGCCCGUUACUCCUGCGGGGACAACUUCACGCUGAACGGUGUCGACACGAGGACGUGCCUAGAGACAGGUCUCUGGAGCGACGUGGAGCCCUCCUGCGAAAUGAUUUCGUGCGGGGAGCCGGAGAUUCCACUCGGUGGUUACGUGAUCGAAGAGGAUUUUCAGGUCCAUGACACAGUGCACUACAAAUGCCAUCCGGGUCACAUCAUGGACGGGCCGGACUCCAGAACCUGCCUCCGCAAUGGACAGUGGUCAGACGUACCACCAACGUGCACUUUUGUGGACUGCGGCCGCGUGCCACCCAUCCUUAAAGGCGAAGUGUCCUACGAGAACGGCUCCACCUACCUGGGUUCCCAGAUCGCGCACUACUGCAGCCAGGGCUACAGGCUGAACGGAGUGCGCGUGCGCACUUGUGGACUGGACGGCCGCUGGAACGGAACGCCACCCAAGUGCGAAGAGAUUCGCUGCCCUCCACCGGAGAUACCGAAGAACGCCACUGUCGUUUACGGCGGCAACGAUCGUUCGUCAUCGGAGUCGUUCAAGAUUGGCUCGACGGUUCAGUAUCGCUGCGUCACGGGCCACAUAGUGCAGGGCGAAUCGCUCAGAACCUGCCAAGUGACUGGCCACUGGACGGCCGAGGUCCCCCAAUGCGUCUACGUGGAGUGCACUUUCCCUCUGCCGAUCGGCAAUGGCCACUGGCUGUUGUCGACCAACUCGACUCACUACGGAGCCACGGUCGAGUACGAGUGCGACAAGAACUACCACCUGGACGGUGCACCCCGACGCCUGUGCCUCGAGAAUGGUACCUGGAGCGGACCCGAACCACUAUGCCUCGAGGUUCGCUGCCCGGAGCCGAAGGCUAGCGACAGUUGGACGGUGAUCAAGUUCUCCAGCAGCCUGGUCGGCUCGUCCGUCGAGUAUUCAUGUGAGCCAGGCUACGAACUGGAGGGUCUCAGCACCAGAGUCUGCCAGAGCACCGGUCGCUGGAGCGGGCAAGCCCCAAAUUGCACUCUGGUGGACUGCGGCAACCCGUCGGUCAUCAGCAAUGGCCGCGGACUGAUCAUGAACGGGACCACGACGUUCGGCAGCAUGGUCGAGUACGAGUGCCUGCACGACUUCAAGCUCAUCGGCGACGCCCUCAGGACCUGCGGGGAAGACGGCCGCUGGAGUGGACAAGAACCACGUUGCACCGAUAUUCCGAUGAUUGGCAACGACAUAGAAGGUGCCGACAGCAAUCGUGCGGACUUCACUUACGAUUCCUCGAGAACUGUAGGAAUCGCUAUUGCUGUUGGUGCCGGAGCUCUGCUUGUGAUCGCUAUUGUAGUGGCCAUCGUCUGGAUGAGAACGAAGGCCCAGCGGGUGAAGAACACGGAGAACGUUGACGUCAACCGCGGCCUGGAAAAGGACAACGCCACGGUGAUGUCGUUCUCCCGAUUAGCGCUGGAGGCUGCCGACGCCAACAGCGGCGCCCCUCACAGCAACGGCAUUCGGCACAACCCCAACGGGCUGGUCACCUUCGCUGCCGGACCACAGCCGAUAUACGCCAACGUAACCGUCAACGGGCAGAGCCUGACCUCGCCCCCCACCGCCACCAGCAUAGCCAGGAUCAACCUUGGCGUCCCGCCUUCGCCACCACACGCACCGCCCAGACACAACAACAACAACAACGUCAGCCAUCACGCUCCCCUAUGCGUACAGCAGCAACAGGGGACCGGCAGCAGGCAUGAAUGCCAACGGUCACCACAUGUCUUCGACGCUACAGAGCCACGACGUGUGACCGCUUCACCAGAGCUAUCGUCAUUGUUUGCACGUGAACGCCAAGUCUGGCGCCGUUGCGUCUUAUUCCCACUGUGUGACGACUUAAGUGCCUCGUGAGAGAACGCCUGGCGUCUUUGAAAGUAAAGAAGGGACAGUUGUGACGUUGCCGCUUCUUGCUCGUAGGUAGCUUGGAACUGCCAGUCACUUCGCAGUUUCGGAUUGACGUAAUAGUGGCUGUUCAUCCGCUGCAUUCAUCACGGCGUUGCCAGAUGUGCAUAUCCGGUGGUUCAUGCGAACUGCACCUCACGCUCGGGUGCGGAUCCCUGUCAUCGUCUCCAUCGAUGGACGGAAGCAGAUUUUAGUCGUCGGAGCAAGUGUCUUCGCCUAGAUGGAAUGUGCGAUACGUGGUCGCAGCCGACUGCGUUCAAUGAACAAACACCACGAUGCACUGAAGAAGUACUACAGGCGGGUACAAAGCAUGCGUGAUUGUAAAUGCGUGUGCGAAAAUCUUUGUGUGGUGUUGGUGUAGAUGUACGAUCCAUGCGAACGUCUGUACUGGCUGUGGAAACGUCCAGCGCACACUGGGACAAUUCUAAAACGAUAGGACGUGGUGGAAUGCGAUUGCGCAUGACUGUUAUACUUCUCUACUGGUAGGUUGUUAUGAUGUGUAAUGAUUACGCUUUGAAGUGUCCAAGUGUUUAUGAAUCAAAGGAACUCUCUGAAUGAACAGAGAAGCUUUACUCCGUGAUAGUAGAGCCGUGAUUUGGCUAAGUGGGGCUCGAAAACGUACUUAUGUUCCGCACUGAAAAAGUUGCUGUCAAAUGAAGAAAAGCGCUGUUCAACGAACGAUAGAUUCAGUUGUUAUUUCUAGCGUCAUGACGAUGUUUGAUUUGUCGCAUGUACAAUCGUGAAUGUUAUGUGAGGAAACACUGAAUUCAUGUUCAGUCAGCAUUCAUAUUACUGUAUCAACAUGAAUGUGACGUAUUUAACUACAAAAGGUAUUUUGUCACUUGAGCAUUUAGUGUUAUGAACGCGUUUGCACUUGCCAACUGCCGCAGCUAUUGUGAUGUUUCAGAAUGUAAUUUCAGUGUUACCUAUCAUAUUGCUUAUGGCUGCCUAGCCAGUGAUCGGCUGGAAACUGUAAACAUUUUGGGAGGCAUCAGUGUACAGAUUGAGUAAUGUUUUUUCAUAGUAGGUAUUGAGUGAUGAACUUGAGGAAUGUCUUAUUUGAACGUAAUAGAUUGUGUAAUUAGCGCAAGGUCAAGGUUGGCGUACUUGUCGAUACUGUGCUAAACAAGCAGUAUGCGUUCAAAUAGUCGCACAAAUAAUUUGUUUGCAAUGCAUGAAAACCCAGUAGGAUGAAAUGUUCACAACUGCACCAUUACCAGUAUCACAGCAAGAAGUGUUCAUUUCACACAUAGUUUGUAACUUUGUCUGUGCUGCUUAAGAUGCACAUAACUGCUUAUUUUGUGGUCAGAAGAAGUCCCCGGUUAGCAUUUAAGAAAUAAAUUGUAAAAACUUAGACAGGCAGCUGUCAAUAGUUUGAAUGAAUUGAGGUGAUGUUGUGCACCGAAAUUUUGAUUUUCUUGUAACUGCCGCUUUUCGAACCAAGAGAAUUUCUUAGAAUUGAAAAUAUUGCUGCAAAUAUUAUAAACUAGUACUACCACUAAAGCGCUAAAAUAAAUUCAGGGGCAGAAGGCCUUCCUAAAUAACUUACCGUAAAGAAAGACGACAGGCGGCUUGACUUUGUGAAGCCAAAACACAACUGUCAUACUUGUUUCGAAAAGUUAAUUAGAGCGCGAAAACUUGACACGAUCACUCACACACGCACACACCCAUGCAUUAAACACACAGCGUUGUGUGUUUGACUUCACAGGGUCGCUGCAAGUAGAAUUGUUUAUAUUUAAAGGCGCAUCAAAAAAAAAAAACGGAAACCUUCAGUUUAUGAAAAAGUUUUAUUACAAAGCCCUCUUCGAUUGAUAUAUUCACUUAGGAACUAGGUUCAGGUAUGUGACCAGGAACUCAACGUCUGUGGUAACCUAUCCCAAAUUUAAAUGUUCAAAACAGUUCUCACUGACUACUCUGACGCUGAACUGACUACUCCUCUACUGUAAUCAAGUGAAAGCCGAGCGAAUCUGCUGAUUAGCCAAAACAUUUCACGCCUAAGAAAGCAAGUCUGUCUUGUGACAACUACUCUAACGUUUAAUAGCUAAGACCGAGUAGCUGAUGAACGUGGCUGAUUUUUUUACGCCAUUCAGUUGAAAGUUAAACUGGUGAUUGUUGUAGUGCACGUAAAAGCUCAAUGUCACUAAAUAGUUCUCAAUUAUCUGGCUCAGUUAAUCUGAUCCAUACCGUGUUGCUUGUAUUGAUAGCUCUCGAUUGUUUCAUUUUCUCAUCAUAGCUGUAGUUUUAGACUGUGGCCCCGUUACAAAAAAAUUGUAGCUUUAAGGGCAAAUCUCUGUGUCACUGGACAAACGAGCCCUUGUCAGGACUUAAAAACACUGGAUCUGUGCGUAGUCAAACAGGAACUUCGUAACUUAAAGUUUCCAAUGAAACUUUGGUUUUUCUAAUUAUCUUAGAUUGAAUAAAUGGAGGGGGCACUUGCUAGCUUAGUUGUACUUUCAAGCAUAUUUGUAGACUACCAAAUGGAUAGAUAUAUCCUCGAGCAAACUAUAUAACGGCGCUUCUGCUGUAGGUUCAUUUCCAAUAGCUUAAACCUGCAAGAAACUAGGCUCAUUGGACGCACGAUGGCCAUUAUUUUUCUGACCGAUUAUGAACACAAGUAUUAAGCCCUGAUAGUCAUAGCAUUUUAUAUUUUGUGAUGUGUGUUGUAAUUGACAGCGCAAGCCGGAAAUGUUUGACCUGCUGUAUAGAUGUGCUUUGCAUAGCUUCAGAAAAGUGGAUGAAUAUACUUCAACUAGGUGCAACAGCGAGAUACAAAUUUUUAAGCACGACAGUUAUGAAUAUUUUCCAACUCAUUAUACUCCAUAACCCGCUCUUUUACGUACUGCACAGAACUAAUUAAUUAACCAAAGGUCAAAAGAAACGCACAUCAUUGGUGCUAGUUGGCAAAAAGUCGUGCGCAUGGUGCUUGCGCAUGUUGCCAUAGUCAUCUUGUAUGUCAUAGCUGUAUGUGACAAAAUAUAAUUUGGUGCCAUGCGGUCCUAAUGAGGCACAGGUAGCAAAAAGCAAGUGACUCGUGAAGCAGUCUGUCCAGUUUUUCAUAUCUGCGGCGUAAAAGAGAUUCGAUUCGGAAACGGUAAUAUAUGUCAAGAGGGUGAUGAUUUUUAGGAGGUGUUUUAUAAGCAUUCAGUCAUUUGCUUAUUUCGUCGUUUUCAUAUUACUUGUGCUAGUGCACCCGUGUGUUAAUAAUAUUAUGAGCUUCUAUCAUGCUUGUCGCUGCUGCAUUGAACUUCGACAGUUGUCAGUAGCUUUUGACAGAAGAGGGAACAUAGAUAUACUCGCUCGCUAUUUACAGUGCGAUCAAAUAUACAUAUUUUUGUUUUGUUACAGUAAAAAAAAAUCUGCAAACGAGUAUAAUCUUUUUUGCCUAAUUUCCGAACUUUGAAAUUAAUAAUGAAGUUUUCUAGACAUCAUUUUCACUUUUUUGCGGUCGAAUUUCAUCUUACAGAGCCUGGUCAAAUAACUUCUAACUGCAUGAGUGUUUUAAUUUACUAGUAUCCCUGUGCAGAACGUUUGUUUUGAAACCACAUGCCAAAUAAUAGUUAAGGUUAUGUUACCUUAAUUUCAUCAAUUCAGAAUGAAGCGAAUAAGUGAGUGCUUUUAUAUUACAAAUAUCUUCCAUGGGUGACUGUAAUCGGUUGUUUUUGUUUCAUUUCCAACAAAUUUCAGUAAAUUUGUUCAAGCGAUAGUUAAACAAAAUGGUUCUCCUGCAGCUGAAGCAUGUGACUUAAAAAGGCUGCUUGGCGAGUAUAAAUAUCUGGGUGAAUGAGGUGGUUGUUCUUCAGCACGAGCGUUUGCUUGGAUUGACAUAAAAGCUACCUGUGUUGUCUUUUCUUAUAGGCUCUGUGUAAGCUUUAAAAGUUAAUUGUAGAAUACACCAACUGAAUUUGUUAUUGUGGCUGUGUUGCUGACAAGAACCACAGAGAGAUUCACCUCUGCUUCCAUCUUUUGUUGGGAAUGAAUGUGAUGUGUAAUGAGACCUUCUCUUAUCACUUGCUUAAUUUUCCUUUGUACAGACUGUUACUAAGUUAUUCGUCACGAACACGGUUUCCAGGAGCACUCUCUAAAUAUUUCGCGCAUCCUGUCAUCGUGUUUCAGCACUGUUUUUUUUUUUUCGAAUCCCCACUUGCUGUUCGUUGUGCCAGUGCACCCGUGAGUUGAUGUUGUGAGAGUUUAUUAUAAAAAAGUAUGCAACACAAAAAAA